AUGGCAAAUUACAGUAACGUUGGUGGUGAUAGUACAUCGAUUCUUAUAGACGAUGGCACUGCUGAAGAAUUGAGAAACACCAUAACAAAAAAUCUUCUUGGCGAUUCACCCUUGCCUGCUCACUGCUGCAUCUUCAGAGUUCCCGAGUUGAUUCGGAGACAAAAAACAGCGGCCUAUGAACCUGACAUAGUCUCAAUCGGGCCAUUCCACCGAGGCUGCGGCCAAAAAUUCCAACUCAUGGAAAAUGUAAAACGGUGGUAUUUACAGUGCCUUCUCUCAUCAUGCACGGAUAUAAGUUUGGAUAGUUUGAUCAAAGGCAUCAUGGAGUUGGGCAGAAGAGCCCGUGAUUGUUAUGCAGACCCAUUGGAGCAUCUCAGUCAAAAAGACUUCAAAAACCAGCUCCCUUGGUUUGUGCUGGAGCGUUUAUACAACCUAACCGCCAAUAACACUAACCAAAGAAGUGCCUCCCUCAUUAACCUUGUGCUCAACUUCUUCAGACAAGCUGUAACCGAUGAACGGAUUUUGGACCCCAACUUCCCAUUUGAGAUUUUCCACAUACUCGAUCUGAUAAGAACCGUGACCGUUGUUCCAUUCAAGGAUUUGGAAUCUCAGAAGAAGGAAGGGCAUGUGGAAGAACAAGAAGAGCAGAAAAACGAGCCAGAAUUGCCACAACGGAUCCCAAAUGCAACAACUCUUUCGGAGGCAGGUGUUCAGUUCAGAAGAAGCAAAAACACCCCAGACUGCAUAAUGAACAUAGAGUUCAACUUCAAAAAAGGGGUAUUCACAAUCCCACCGCUGGGAAUUGACGAGAAGACAGGGCCUCUGUUCAGGAACCUCAUCGCCUUCGAACAAUGCCACCACAGUCGCCUGCACAAGAUAACAUCGUACGCGGUUUUGAUGGACAACCUCAUCGACACGAGCAAUGAUGUAGACCUUCUUCGUGAGAAAAAAAUAUUGGCGAAUUGGUUGAGCCCUGAAGAUGCCGCCCAGUUCUUCAACGAGCUUUACAAUGACACAACUGUCAUUGGAUUUUACUACGGAAGUCUCUGCAAUGAUGUGAAUAAAUAUUACAACACUGACUGGAACAGGUGGAGGGAAAAACUGAAGCGUGACUAUUUUUCUACCCCAUGGGCCGUCAUUUCUUUCAUCGCCGCAUUUAUCCUGCUGGUCCUCACCCUAGUGCAGACCGCAUAUACAAUUCACCCUAUCAACGGUUAA